CUGGGUUCACAUCAUCACACCUCCCGCCGAACCGAAAGCACAUGAAAUAACUGAUGACCCGCGCGCUCCUUCAUCUCUCCCGCAUUAGAAUGACGGAGUGUGACGCGCGCGUCCGGAUCGCGGGUGUGUUUCUCGAGCUCUGCGUGUAUCCGAAGGGACUUCAGCUCUCCAUCUCAGUCUGAGAUCGCGCUCUGUUUCUGCCGGCAACUUCUUCUCACCUCUGAGAACGGACACAUUGACUCUCUCUUGGACUAAGAGUGCGCUCGCGACUUGUGUGGAUGAGAAGCUCCUACUGACUCGUUUUUGAUAAAAGUUGAUAAUAUGUGUGUGUUUUAUGUGUUAGAAUGAACCCUUAAAACACCGACUGUGUGAUUUUUGUCUCUCCGGCGGCGCAGUCCACAAUUAUUGACCGUAGUGCGGACAUUCACACCACUGACAGAAGAUCGUGGACAUCUCAAGACUUGCUCUGACAUCAGCUGUGUCGAGAAGAGCCGAGCCACAGAUGUGAAUGAAAGUGAUCUGAAGAAAGAGGAAUAUACGUGUCCAAGAGUGCUGUAGUGAUGCUGCAAGUGGAAAUGAUCAUAUUCGUGGGUGUGAUUCUGUGGAUGUGUGUAUUUAGUCAAGAGCCCAGCUCAAAGGUGAUGGCUGAUCGAUAUGCUGUCUACUGGAACCGAACCAACCCUAGGUUUCACCGUGGAGACUAUCACAUUGACGUCUGUAUAAAUGAUUACCUGGACGUGUACUGUCCGCACUACGAGGACUCGGUGCCUGAGGAGAGAGCGGAGCGCUACGUCCUCUACAUGGUCAACUACGACGGCUACAGCACGUGUGACCACACCGCCAAGGGCUUCAAGCGGUGGGAGUGCAACCGGCCGCACUCGCCCAACGGCCCGCUCAAGUUCUCCGAGAAGUUCCAGCUCUUCACGCCCUUCUCGCUGGGAUUCGAGUUCCGACCGGGACGAGAGUACUACUACAUAUCAUCCAUGAUCACAGAAACCGGGAGAAGGUCGUGUCUCAAGCUGAAAGUGUUUGUGAGACCACCAAAUGGCUGCGAGAAAACCAUAGGCGUUCAUGACCGCGUUUUUGUCGAUGACAAAGUAGACAAUGCAUUAGAACCAAGAGACGACACCAGUCACGAGGCCGAACCCUCCCGGAGUGACGUGUCCACUUCAGGCCUGCGGCACCAAACGUCACGCCCCCUGCUGGCCCUCCUGCUGCUCUGCAUCUCUGUGUUCCUCACCUUAUAGCCCCUCACCUGCCCCUGAACCAGCCCUCCAGAAACCCAACACAUCUGAGCGCGAGCGGACCGGCGCCAGGGAGGCGAGAGGGCUUUGAGAUUCACCAGGAACACUUCUGCUCCGCUUUUGUUUUGUUUUCCAAAUAUUUAAGUGGUCUUUCGCUGUCUUUGAUUAAGAAAAGUCGAUUAGCCGUGCAAAGAAGAAAUGCAGAUCGCCUGUUUAACCAACCAUCAACUAUGACGGCCGCUCACAGGGGAUUGGCUGCUGGGCGGAAGGGGGUGGAGUCGUUUUAUUUGUGUCCAUUGGGAGCGAGUCGCUCAUUUUGUCGGUAAUUAGAGCAAGUGUUAAGAAACGCCGAACACCCUGUGAGAAUUGUUCGUGUUGAAGUGGUCACAUAAAACAGACAUAAACAUCAAACCUUAACCGAGUUCACCGGCUCUGCUGUUAGCGAUAAAUAUACAAAGACUUCUUGCCUUUCGUCCUUCGUCUGCCUUCUCUUAACAAAUUGCAGAAUUCAUUGGAAGAAGCGGUCUGUUAUGCAUCUCGCCGCACGGAUCUUUCCCACUAGAAGGAAGACGCUAGAUGAGUUCGUUAGUCUAAAUAAUCUGAUUUGUGUGAAUUUGGAAUUGAUAUGAGGGACUUGUCUUAGUAGACCACACCACUAAAAACAAUGAUUUUGUAUUUUGUAAGAUAAACUUAACUGCAACAUAAAUAUCUAUAUUUUUCCUAUGACCUUUUAUCAAUUGAUAUGAGAUAUCAACAUUGACGGAUCAUGGAAAUUCUUUUCUUGUCAUAACUGUGUGUCCGACUCUAUUAGGAACCAAAUAUCAAAAGGGGCUCCACACACAAUGUUUUCCCCUUUCAUAUGGGUGGGAAAAGUAAACGUUUGUUUGAAUAGGCCUUAUACUGUACACAAUACUAAUAUCUCCUGGAAGUGCUUCAAAUUCAGCCUUUCGAUGGGGGAAAUAAAGUGUAGUUUUAUUUCAUUAAUGCAUUUGUUUGUUCUGUAGCUGUUAAUCGGUGCAAUUCUGACUCGUUUAAUAUGCUGAUGCGACAUACGCAAGACAUUAUAUCAUGGGCAUUCUCCUCCGACAGCCUUACAUAUGAUGGAGGAAAUGAUGGGCGAAUCUCACGAAAAGCGUCAGGAACACGAGAGAAUCAUAUUUCAUCCCAGAGUCAAAAGACAAAAAUAAGAAUUUACAUUUUGCAUAAAAAAGUGAAAACCAUUUAGAUUUUUUUUGCAUUGAGACUAUAAUUAUAUUUAAAUUAAAUAUACUUAAAAUUAAAAAAUUUAUAUUACAUAUUAAUGCAAAUAAUGUGUAAAAAGUCCCUUAAAAUGAUGCUUUCAAAACAUGCAAACAUUGUUUUUGCAAUUUCGUUUGGUGACACAAAAAUCACACACUUCAGCUUAAAAUGGUGAAGCAUCUGUUGUAUUGUCUUCAAUAAAUGAUGAUUAAGAUAUAGGAAUAUUACUACAGUAAUGAAAAUCUGUAACACUUUACAAUACGGUGUCAUUUGCUUACAGAUGACCAAUACAUUUAUAAAUCUUUGUUCACGUUAAAUACAGUUGUUCAUUGUUCAUGUUAGUUCACAUUAACUUGUUAACAGAUACAACUUUUCAUUUUAAAAAUCAAAAUGUUGAAAUUAACAUUAUCCAAGAGUCAUAAAUGCUGUAGAAGUAUUGUUAACUAAUGUUAAUAAAUGCACCCUCAUUGUAAAGUCCAAUGAGAAUCAACAUGAGAAUAAGAAUUGCAAAACAAAACUUAAUUAUUGAGAAUAACUUUAUAAUAAGGUCCCAUUUGUUAUUGUCAGUUAAUGCAUUACUUAUAUUAACUAACAAUGAACAAUACAUUUGUUACAGUAUAUUUAUUAGUCUUUGUUAAUGUUACAUAAUAAAAAUACAGCUGUUCUUUGUUUGUUUACAUUAGCACAGAUUCAUUAAAUAAUAUUCACACACUGUAAAAAUGAAUUGUUGGUUUAACAUAAAGUAAGUUUCCUGGUUGCCUUGAAAAUUUUGAGUCCAUUGAAAUAAAAAAUACAAUGAAGGCGAUUGGUUUAAUCAACAGAAAUUCAAAAUAUUAUGUUAUCUGAACCACAUUAAUUACUGAAGUUGAUUUGACGAACGAAAAAAUGUUAAUAAAUCAUAAUAAUAAAUUUUUACAGUGCAGAAACCACUGUUGAUUUUAAUAAUACGCAAGUAAAAGUGUUUUUCAUUGUUAGUUCAUGUUAACUAAUGUACACUCUAAAAAAUGCUGGGUUAAAAAUGGACAAACCCAGCGAUUGGGUUGUUUUAACCCAGCAGUUGGGUUAAAUGUUUGACCCAACCUGCUGGGUAGUUUUAUUGUUUAAAAAUGAUUGUAUUGCUUGCUUAAAAUGAACCCAAACUAUGUUGGAAAUGUAUUAAUAUGUUUAAUAAAUGAACAUUUAUUAAUAAGUUUAAUGAAUAAUAAUGAAACAAUAAACAUUUAUUAAAUUGCUUAUUAAUAAAUGUUCACCUUUUGAUUAUUAUUGUUGCCUCUAGUGUGUCUGAUUUUUAAUUUCCGACCUAUUUUGGGUUCAUUUUAAGCCAGACAUAUAGUUAUUUUUAAACAAUAGUUGAGUUAAAUAAAACUACCCAGCAAACAUUUAACCCAACCGCUGGGUCAAAACAACCCAAUUGCUGGGUUUGUCCAUUUUCAACCCAACUUGGGUGCUAAUGUCACCAAGUGAAACCGUAUUGUAAAGUGUUACCUGAAAAUCUGACGAGAAUCAACAUGGAGAAUUAGGAAAGUAAAACAUGCAAUCGUAAUGGUUGCAAUUUCUUUAUGAAAAAUGUAAUUUUUUGCGAUGAAAUGUGAUCCGGACGUGUUUUCAUGAGAUUCCCCCAAAUAGACUUUAAACUGUUGUUUGCCUGGUUACUCCCUCCGUCACUGUUUCAGUUUAAGACCCUCAAUGAGCCGUUCAGAGCUCGUGUCGUGAGACAGAAGAUUAAAAUAGCCGAUGAGUCUGACGGGAGGGUCUCGUGUCACCGGAGAGGCAGGGCUUUUCGACCCUGCAGUCAGAGAGUACGCAUUCCUAACAAUAAACAAUACUGUGGACUUUACAAACAGUCGCAAAUUGGAUAAUCAUUUCUGCCUUUUUGAUUCUCAAUAGGCCUGUUUGGCUCUGCUAGUCCUGCCACGCUCUUGGAGACAAACUGCGUUUCGUGUUUGUUUUCGUUUGAACGGUAACAAAGCGAUUUCAGCAGCUCGGCUUUGCGACAUCAGGACUAGAGGAAACACACCGUAUGUGCUCCGUUUCAUGGUUUACACUAGAAAACUAUGAAAGAAACUUUUGAAAAUCAGCUUCAGUAGUAUUUGUAUCAUUUGUACUCCAAUUAUUACCAUUAAUACCAUGCUUUGUACACACUUUGAACUGGGAAACAAGAAUCAGCUUAUUAAAUGGAUACUGUGUAUCCUGAAGUAGUCAAAAACAUAACAUUAUAGUGUUAGAAUACUACUUGUUUUUUGUACCUUUCUGGAGGACGAGGAAAAAUAGACACUUCAUAAAACAUUGAUUAUUAUGAUUAAUUAUUAAUUAUUAUUAUUAUUCAACAUCAUUGUUAUAUGUUAUUAUGGAUACCACAUUAAAUGUUAUGAUCAAAAUGUGUUGUACAUAAUGUUUGAUAUUAAGGUAUUAAUUUGAUUCACAUGUCUUUUCUAAAAAAAAAAAAAAAAAAAAACUGAGCAAAGUAAAAUGUUGGAAGUGAAUGCAUACGACAAACGCAAUGAUGAACUGCGUUCUGAAGCCCUGAGCCAAUAGGGACGCUUCAUCUAAGUUUCUGUUUUUGUUUUUGUUUUAAUCUCCUGGCAAAGUUUUUCAUUUUCCGCAAGGAUCCGGUCAGAAGAGGACUGAUGGAUUUCGAGUCGACGGCUCCUGCAGUUCAGCGUUUGUUUACGGACUGUGUGUUUUUUAAUGGGAGGAACUCGCUGGUUUCAUAACGUGGCAUGUGCAUGGACUUGAUAAUGAAAAAACAUGUUAAAUAAAGUGUUCUUUUGGCUGUUUUCACCUCUUCUUUUCUCGACAUGUUUGUGAAAUGUUAGUCUUUCUGCUCACCCCAUAAGUGUGUGUUGUAGUUCCACUGAAACGAGAACGUUACACAGGAGAGUUGUGUAGUUUUGCACAGAGUGUCUAACAGCACUACUUCAGAAUGUUUUGCUGAAGGUUCUUGAGUUGUUGUUGGGUUUUUCAAUUAUUGUUUUCAAUGAUUUUGAGAAUAAAUCAUCUGCCAUCAGUCCACAUCAACAGAGCGCCACAGAUUGAAGGCCCGUUCACACCAAGAACGAUAACUAUAUCAGCGUCCACACCAGCGGACGAUAUCAUUCUGUUUAUUCUAAGCACUGCAGUUUUGUCGUCUUAAAUGCUCGAGCUCUUAAAGCAGGAUGGAUUCUGAUUGGCUGUCAAUGUUUUAUCAUUCAUCAGCUGGAAAAAAAUCAUUCUGAAAGUGAUCCCAACGAUAUUGUUUGCCAUUUUCACUAUACUUGUAGAGUGGAUUCACUAUUCUUUUAUAUUUAGAACUAUAUAUUUAUCGUUAUCGUUAUAAUUAUCAGCCAUGGUGUGAACGAGCCUCGACUGUCUGUCAGGGUUCAGUAACAUUCACACGUUCGGUUCUUGUGUGUGAAUUUGAACUGAACUGGCCAGAAUAAACAGGACGUUGAAUGAAAAUAUUAAUUAGAUUGACAGGAAUUUUUUUUUUUUUUUUACAUUUUUUUUUUUUUAAAUCAACACUUUCUCACUGUGUAAUUUUUUUAAACAAAAAACAUUAUUUAUUCCCUGAUACAGUAUGUAAAUUAUAUAUUAUAUAUAUAUAUAUAUAUAUAUAUAUAUAUAUAUAUAUAUAUAUAUUAGAGAUGCACCGAUACUAAAUUUCUCCACCGAUACCAAUAGCCAAUUAUUCAGAGCGAUAUAUACCGAUACCGAUAACAUUAAAAUGAACAUAUAUAUCGGCCGAUACCAAUAUGGUGGCUGAUAUAUCGUGCAUCCCUAAUAUAUAUUAACUAUUAAUAUGUAUUUUUUAGAGAUGCGCCGAUAGUAAAUUUCUCCACCGAUACCAAUGGCCGAUUAUUCAGUGUGAUAUCUGCCAAUAACAAUACCGAUAACAUUAAAAUGAACAUAUGUCAGCCGAUACCGAUAUGGUGGCUGAUAUAUCGUGCAUCCCUAAUAUAUAUUAACUAUUAAUAUGUAUUUUUUAGAGAUGCACCGAUACUGAAUUUCUCCACCGAUACGAUAGCCAAUUAUUCAGAGUGAUAUCUGCCAAUAAUGAUAACGAUACAGAUAGUUUGAGGGUUCUGCCUUUUACACCUCCUUUUAAAUUAAUGAUAAUUUCAUUAUAUCAUAUAUAUUAUAUUUUGAAAGAAAUGCAAAUAAAAACAUUUAUUCUCUCAAUUUCAUCAACUUGUUUCAGAGUAACUGGUAUCAGUUAUAAACAAACACAUUACUCACAUUAAUAUUAACACACAUUAACUAAAUUCUGAAGAUGAAAUUAAAAUUUCUUAACUGUUCUGAAUGUUAUUAAUUCAUGUAAUUACUAUUAAUAUUGAACAUCAAACAGGAUUUUUAGCAUUUUCUUUACACAAAGUACAAAUUCAGUGCAUUUUCCCGGCCUCUUUUGAUUGACAGGAUAUAUUGGCUGUUUUUAAUCGGCUGAUAGUGUGAAAAUUUGCUUUUAUCGUCCGAUACCGAUUAUUGGCCGAUAUAUCGGUGCAUCUGGAGUAUAUAAACACUUUAUUCAAUAAGGUUGCAUUAGUUAACGUUGAUAAAAUUAACAGUGAGCAAUACAUUUGUUACAGUAUUUUUUAAUCUUUUUUAGCCUUAUUGAAUACUUAUUGAAAACUGUUCAUUGUUAGUUUGUCAAUCAAAUAAUAAUAACAAAUACAACUUGUGUUUGUAAUAAUGGAUUAAAACUAAUUAACUAAGAUUAAUAAAUGCUUUAGAAGUAUUUUCCAUUAUUUUUAUGUUAUCUAAAGCAUUAAACCUUUUUUAAAGUGUAUAUAUACAUAUGAAAAUAAACUGUCCUAAUGUUUCUAGAUACUAUGUUUAUGGGUAAUUCAUACUGAAAAAUGAAAUGCGUUAUUUAAAACUAAUUUCUUUGCAUUUCAUUCCAUCAAAUUUAAAAGUCAAUUCUGCGUCCUGUUUGCAGUUCGAUUCAUCUGCUGGACUCUGUUCAGACUGCGGUCAUUACUCUUGGUGUUUUACACAUGCCUUAGUCAACACGCUCCUGACCAACACCAAGAGUCCGACCCUCACUGGCGUCUCUGUUCUCUUCACUGAAGUGUGCUGGAGAAAUCAAGUGUGUGUGUGUGUGUGUUCAGAUCUCACUCACUCCUGUACUUCUGAUGACACUGGUUCUGCUGUUUUCAUUCUCUCUUCUGCAUCUCUGGGUACUGUACUUGCUUUUUCCCCACUGUACAAACAGGAACAAACUUUUGGAAAAAAGAAAAGAAAAAAAUGGAAGGUCUGUAUUUGUAUAUACACGUGUCUGAACAACUAUAAAUAAUAAUUAAAGAAAAAAAAUGCA